GCGGCUCGUGGCAGGGAAGCCGAGGAGAAAUCGCCCAGCCUCUGCCUGCUUUCGCACCCCCCCCACCAGCCCCCGCCUCCGCCGCCUCCUCCCUCCUCCGCAAUCGGGAAUAAAUCAGGCACGGACAGCCCCACGCAGGCACAGAGCGAGCGGAGAGCUGGUCCCAAAGUAGCCCUGAUGGCGGCGGAUCGCAGGGAGCCGGAGCCGCUGCUGGAGUAGCGGAGAGUCAGAGCCUCUCCCUCUCGGCUGGAUCUCCCGCCCCCCGGCUCUCUCCAUCGCUCGCCUCCCCACCCCCAGCUCCCCUCCCAGCUGCUGCGCCCAGCGCUGGGCGGCUCCUGGGAGAGGGGGAGGGGGCUUUAAAAAGCAAAACAAGCCCCAGUCAUUUAAUUAUUUGUUCCGGCUCCGUGACUGGGGGGAAUCGAUCUUCGAUCAGGAAGAUGGCUGCUGGCUGGCGGCUGCUCCUGAGUCUGACACUUUGCCACUCCCUGGUGCUGAACCUGGCCUCGGAAGGACCCUUCCCUUCUGCCUCUAUAAUAAAGUCAUGGGUGGAUAAAAUGCAAGAGGAUCUUGUAACGUUGGCAAGAACUGCAAGUGGGGUGGACCAGCUUGCCAAGAUUUAUAUGAAAAACAACCAUCUGUAUACAGUGGAAGCCAACAAUGCACGUGACUUGGUGGAAUUUGCAGCCAGAGAUAUUGAAAAACUACUGAGUAACAGAUCAAAAGCCCUGGUGCGCCUUGCAACAGAAGCAGAGAUAUUUCAAGCAUCACAUCAGUGGAGAGAUGAGUUUGGGCGUAAUGAUAUCAUCUAUUACAAUGCAAAAGAUGAUCAGAAUGAUCCUGAAAAGAAUGAGACUGAAACUGGAAGCCAGAAAAUCAGACCUGUGUUUGAAGAAGAUGCUGUUUUUAGGAGACAGAUAUCUUACCAGCAUGCAGCAGUUCACAUACCAACAGAUAUUUAUGAAGGCUCUACAAUAGUGUUAAAUGAACUCAACUGGACUGGAGCACUGGAUGAUGUAUUCAAAAGGAACAGAGAAGAAGAUCCAACUCUGUUAUGGCAGGUUUUUGGCAGUGCAACUGGACUAGCCAGGUAUUAUCCAGCAUCCCCGUGGGUUGAUAAAAGCCGAACCCCAAACAAGAUAGAUCUAUAUGAUGUUCGCAGGAGACCAUGGUACAUUCAAGGAGCUGCGUCUCCAAAAGACAUGCUUAUUUUGGUUGAUGCGAGUGGGAGUGUUAGUGGCUUGACACUGAAAUUGAUCCGAACCUCCGUCAUUGAGAUGCUAGAAACCUUGUCAGAUGAUGAUUUUGUGAAUGUAGUCUCCUUUAACAAUAAUGCUCAGAACGUCAGCUGCUUUAAUCAUCUUGUCCAAGCUAAUGUGAGGAAUAAGAAGAAGCUGAAAGAGGCUGUCUACAAAAUCUCAGCUAAAGGAAUCACUGACUACAAGAAAGGUUUUAGCUAUGCUUUUGAACAGCUGCUAAAUCACAGUGUCUCUAGAGCUAACUGCAAUAAGAUCAUUAUGUUGUUUACUGAUGGUGGUGAAGAGAGAGCCCAAGAGAUUUUUCUCAGAUACAACAAAGACAAAAAAGUACGUGUAUUCACAUUUUCUGUUGGUCAACAUAAUUAUGACAAAGGACCCAUACAAUGGAUGGCCUGCCAAAAUAAAGGUUACUAUUAUGAAAUUCCUUCCAUUGGAGCGAUAAGAAUAAACACACAGGAAUAUUUGGACGUGUUGGGAAGACCAAUGGUUUUAGCUGGAGAUAAAGCAAAACAAGUCCAGUGGACCAAUGUGUAUUUGGAUGCACUGGAACUGGGCCUUGUCAUUACUGGGACUCUGCCUGUCUUUAAUCUAACAGAAGAUGCAGAAGGAAAAAAGAACCAGCUGAUUCUUGGAGUUAUGGGAGUUGAUGUCUCUCUUGAGGACAUAAAAAAACUGACACCACGGUUUACACUGUGCCCAAAUGGUUACUAUUUUGCAAUUGACCCCAAUGGUUAUGUGUUACUUCAUCCAGAUCUUCAACCAAAGCAUAUUGGUGUGGGCAUACCAAAAGUUAAUGUGAGAAAAAGGAGACCCAGUAUCCAGAAUCGUAAAUCUCAGGAGCCUGUUACCCUGGAUUUUCUGGAUGCUGAACUAGAAAAUGAUAUUAAAGUUGAGAUUCGGAAAAAAAUGAUUGACGGAGAAAGCGGGGAAAAGACAUUUAAAACGUUGGUCAAGUCUCAAGAUGAGAGGUAUAUUGAUAAAGGAAACCGAACGUAUACAUGGACUGCAGUGAAUGGCACAGAUUACAGUUUGGCCUUGGUAUUACCAUCCUACAGCUUUUACUAUAUAAAAGCCAAAAUAGAAGAAAUAAUGAUUCAGGCCAAAUACAAAAAUUAUUCAGCAACUCUAAAGAUUGAUCACUUUGAUGAAGCUGGCUAUACCUUUCUAGCACCAAGAGAAUACUGUAAUGAUGUAAAAGUAUCAGACAACAACACUGAAUUUCUUUUAAAAUUCAUUGACUUUAUUGAUAAAAAUACUCCAAACAGCUCUUCAUGUAAUGCUGAUAUGGUCAUUAGAGUUUUGCUGGAUGCAGGACUUACAGAUGAACUAGUCCAGAAUUAUUGGAGUAAGCAGUCUCCCAAUGGAGUUGUUGCACGAUUUGUAGUUACGGAUGGUGGAAUCACUAGGGUUUACCCUAAAAGGGCAGGAGAGGAUUGGAUGGAAGAUCCUGAAACUUAUGAACUCAGUUUCUAUAAACGAAGCUUGGAUAAUGACAACUAUAUCUUCACAGCUCCAUACUACAAUAGAAGUGAUGCCAGUAGCUAUGAAACAGGUAUUAUGGUAAGCAAGGCUGUGGAAAUAACAAUUAAUGGAAAACUUCUUAAACCUGCAGUUGUUGGAAUAAAAAUUGAUGCAAUCAACUGGAUGGAAAAUUUCACCAAAACCACAAUCAAGAGCCUGUGCAACAGUGAACUUUGUGGCUGUGAAAGAAACAGCAUGCAUGUGGACUGUGUUGUUCUUGAUGAUGGUGGUUUUCUUUUGAUGUCAAAUCGGGAUGAGUAUACCCAGCAGAUUGGAAGAUUCUUUGGUGAGAUUGACCCUGGCCUGAUGCGAAACCUCCUUAACCUGUCCUUAUAUGCCUUUAACAAGUCUUAUGACUAUCAGUCUGUGUGUGAUCCAGAAGAAGAACCAAAACAAGGAGCUGGCCUUCGUUCUGCAUAUGUGCCCACAGUAGCGGAUAUUUUGCAUAUUGGCUGGUGGGCCUCUGCAGCCGCUUGGUCUAUCUUGCAACAACUGUUUUUGGGCCUGACUUUUCCACGAUUUCUUGAGGCAGUGGAAAUGGAUGAUGAUGAUUACACUGUUGCCCUAUCCAAACAGAGCUGCAUUACUGAGCAAACUCAGUAUUUCUUUGGAAAUGAUGAUAAAUCCUUCAGUGGGAUUGUAGACUGUAUAAACUGUUCCAGACUUUAUCAUGCAGAAAAGGUUUCAAACACCAAUCUAGUGUUUAUAAUUAGUGACAGCCAACUGAUGUGCCGCUCCUGUGACCCAAAGCCAUUGAUGCAAGCAGAAAAGCCGGAUGAAGGUCCAAAUCCUUGUGAAAUGGUGAAGCAACCAAGAUACAGAAAGGGUCCUGAUGUCUGCUUUGACAAAGAUGAUGGGGAUCAGCCUAUAUGCACAACGAGUCGUGCCUCUGCCAUGAUGUCUUCUCCUAUCUUCAUUUUUCUGCAAGUUUUCAUAUGGUGUGGAUGGAAGAUUCGUCAGACUGUGGUGGAGUCUCUGGACUGAGCCCAUCACUGUGGUCUAUGGUAGGAAUCCAAUUUGUCCUGCUUUGGCUGGUAUCUGGCAGCAGACAUUGCCAGUUAUGACCCUGUGAAACCAAAAUCUGCGUAACUAAUCAAGACCCUGCCAAAACGUUAGCCCUCAGUUUCAUUUUCAAAGGGUCAGCUAUUCAGACAGCAGAAGAACAGCAAUGCCCACAUCAGUCUAUGUGAAAGAUCCAAAAUGACACCCACAGUGGCUGCAUGUUGGACUGUCAGAUCCUUAAACUCGUGUGAAUGCUGCAUCAUCUAUGCCAUCAGAACAGAAAUCUAUAUGUGCUUUAUUGAGGAAUCUAAGAUUUUUGUGUUCAUUGUUGUAUCGUUGAUGACUUCAUGUAAAAGGGCUCCCCUUUAAAAUAGCUUAUGUAUGGUAUGAUUUUUAUUUAUUUUUAUUUUAGCAUUGAAUUUAUUGCAGAUCCUAUAUGCUAUUACAUACACACUUGUGAAUUCACAUUUAUUUAACCCUGCUCUUUUGUUCUAUUAAUGCCAUUAUGGCUGCUUUGAACAUCAGUUAUGUCCAGAGUAUAAAAUAGUUGUCAUACUUCAGUUUGUACGGAACUGCUUAGUGAAUUUGAAAAUAUUAGCUAAUGUUCCUCAGAAGUUCACCACGACUGAAAUGCCUUACAAUAUGUGGUUUAUUCUGCCAAAAUCAAUCAAAACGGGCGGCUAGCUAAGUUUUGGUAGGUUCAUAAGCUAUUGGUUUUAAAAAUAAAAUAAAUCAAGAAAGAAGCUACUGAAUUUUGAAAUAUAAAGGUGUUUGAAAGUUUGAUGUUUUAUCUAACCAAGUAAUUUUCUUCCUGAACUGAAUGUCAUGUCCCUCUCAGAAAGCUGUUAAUUUCCAUGUAAUGAUCAGCGCGCUCUUCACAGUGCAGUUAUGUAACGCUAGCCAAAUCCUUCAAAAUGCUCAAAAGAAAAAGCUUGUGAAUACAAAAUGUCUUUGUGAUUAUUGAACGUUGGUUUCCAAGGAUAUUUUGCAUGAUGAUGCUGCUUCUUUAUUGUUUUUAAGUUUGUUUUCUUGAAUGGUAGCGUAUAGUCCAUUGAAAAGAUAACCGAGUGAUUCUUUUGUUGUGUGAGAAACUGAACAUUGCAAUGUGAUGCAAUUAAAUAAUCUUAAAUUAUAUUGUUAAACAGAGCUCUGAAUAUACUGUGCAAUGAAAAAAGCUAAGAAAGUAGCUUAAAUUUAGUUGGCUGGACAAAAGGGAUGAGAUGGAUUUUAUACAGAUUAGUGCUCUCACAGGAAAACUUAUGUACAGAUAUUUUAAGUAUAUAAAAAUCAGAUUUGACACAUUUAUUUUUGAAGAGAAUAUGUUGUUCUGAGAUUCAUGCCAGGUUCCCCUUUUGUUUUCAUAGCAUUGUUGCACCCUAUAAUGUUUAAAUUCCUCCUGUUGCUAUUUUAUAUUGAAAAUAGCAAGCUAAAAAGAACAAGAUUUCCUGGCUGCUGAAAUUAGAAUGGAAUCUGAACAAAUGGGGAGCCUUGAAUCUAUAUGUAUGCACAUUGAUACUUGAUUGUUAAUAAUAAUAAAAAAUUGUUUUAUACAACCUUGUUGGUGAUACAAAUUAGUGCAGUAAAUUAUAAUAUCACACUGUAGAAUAGUGUACAUGCAAUAUAUGAUUUGCGCUUUUUUCAGAAUUUAACAGUAUUGCAAGACAGCUAAACCAAUGAAUGUGCAACUCUGCUGACGUGCAACUCUCUGCUAACAGCUGCAAUAUGCAAAUAUCUACAUGGUACAAAUCAGUUGUUGUUUUAAACAUUGAAAAUGCAAAAUUGUGGUAUGUAUAUGCUGGGAAAUUCCUACUAUAAUCCUGAAUGUGUCAAAAGCUGAUCAUAAUUAUUAGAUGUGCAUUAAUAUACAUUGAAAAUUGAAGAACCCACUCAAUUCUAUAACACGGCUCACAAAAUGAGAUGACUACAUGUAGCUGUGCCUAAGAUUAGUUGGGGUUUUUUCCACAUUGCCCUUGAUUCCAGAUGUGUAUAAUCCCAUGUUUAGGGUUACAGUGCUGGGAAAAUGGAAAAAAACUCACAUUGUUUAAUUAUCACAAUUAACUGUUUAAUGUCUGUAGGAAAAUAAUCUGAUUAAAAGUACAACUGACUGAGUCUGGUGGACUCCAUUUCUUCCCUAGUGAAGAUGAGCUGAUUUCAGGAGCACAGGAUGAGGAUAAUUGGGGAUCAUUCCCUUCCAUUGGCAUUGCUGGUGUUCCCUUCACUCUGCCUAUGCCUGCUCACCACACAGAAAAUGCCAACUGUAGUUUGUCAAUCACUGGAGCACCAUUCUACAAUCCGCUUGCAUGUUGCCAAUGACAUGCUCGUAGCAGAAAGAGGUUUGUUGGAUGGGGUGAUAUUUAUUACAUGGAUGAAGCUAACCCUCAGUUUAUUAAGUAUUUUUCUUUUAUAAUUAUUUGGAAAGUUACCAGAAUAUUAAGUGCUAUAUAUUUAAAUAUUUCCCAGAAGAAAAGCCUUCUUGGAAAAGUAUGAUGCUUACACUUCCAGAAUGAUGUGGAGUACGUGUGUCUGUACUAGAUUUGUUAAAAGAGAUGGGUGGAAUCCCAUGUUACUUACUGAGGCAUUAAUUGUGCCCAUAGAGGAGGUUGGUGCAGAGUCACAUUGCCCCAGAAAAACUGCCAUCAGCUCCUGACAGUGUUCCCGCUAAGCUGUGCCAUAGCACAGCUUCAUAGGUGAUUAAUCAGCCCUGCCCAGUCAGUCAGCUUCAUGCUUGGAGCCCUGAGCCACUGACUGGGCAGAGCUGAUUAAUCACCUGUGAAGCUGUGCUGCCACCCAGAUUUGAAGAAACACUGGCCCCUGACUCCUCUCUGACACCGUUGAGCUGCCAUGCAGCCCUUGGAAGCAGGCAAGGAGGAGUCCUGGCACCUCAGAGGCUAUGUCUACACUACAAAGAAAAGUCGGAUGCAAUUUGCGUAUCUUUCUGCUUUUCUUCCAAAAGAGGCUUUUCCGACGUUUACCCUGUCUACACUGGGCCAAAUGUUGGAGGAAAACCCUCUUUCAGAACAUCCCUUCUUCGUCGUAGGACUAGGUUUACAGGGAUGCCAAAAAAAAGUCUGCUUUUCCGAAAAUUUUUUGGAAAAGUAAACGUGUAUCUUGGACCCAGCAGAGCUUUUCUGGGAUGCUUCUGGUAUCCCAGAAAAGCUCUGUAGUUUAGACAUACCCAAAGGGACUAGAGUUCUUCCUAGUCCUCACACAGCCAGGCUCCUUGUUUACACUUCCAAAUACAGAUCUGCACUCGGAUAUUUUCCAAGCCAACUCCUAUUGACUAUGGGUGGGAUUAUCAAAAAUGCCUAAUGAUUAAACAGUAUAAAUCUCACUGAAAGUCUACAGGACUUGUGCCACUCAGUCACACAGAUGCUUUAGAAAAUUCCAUUCUGUGCAAGUAAUUUUUCUUCCACAGAGGUUUUGUCUGUGUGGUGACAGAUUGAAAACUCAGGAUUUGGCCCAGCUAUUGUUUUUCACAAGGCUCAAUAUUUUUAAGAUUAAAAAAUUGAACUUUUGCUGCUGUUUGCAGAGAACUAGGUAUUUUCUGAUUACACACAAAUAACAUCCAAUGAUUUAAAGUUCAGAAAAGGACUGUAUAGAUUUAUUUGUCAGAAGAGCAAACACAACAUUGUAAACAUUAUAUACAUCAUGCAUUCUAACUCUCACAUAUAGACUUGUUUAUAAGAAAAAAACUUUAAUUCUAAUAUUUAAAAUUUAGAAACAUUAUAUCUUGUUUAAAUGGUUUUCAUUUUUUUAGUUACCAAAUAAUAAGCUGUGUUGACAUUUGUUUUAAAGCCUUUAAAUAGCCCUAGGGGAUCUAGACAAGUUGCUGGAACUCUUUGGGUUUGUCUACACUAGCAAAUUAUUUCAAAAUAACUUAUUUUGAAAUAGUAACUCCCAAAAUAAGCAUCAUUUCUCAUUGGAAUCAGAAGUUAUUUCAAAAUAACUAGCCCAUUAAUUCAAAAUAACAGGUUUGGUAGUGUGGACGCUCGGCUUGUUAUUUUGAAAUAUGGGGAAUUAUUUCAAAAUAAUUCCCUAGUGUAGGUAAGGGCUUUUAGUUUACACUGUAGUCACACAGCCUAUUGCAUAUCUGACAGUUAAACACAGUUCAAGUCAUUAUAGCACUGUACUAUACAAACAAACAUGAAGGAAUAAGGACAUAACAUGAAAAGUUUCUUUCUUAUUUUUCAUUUGAACAACCAGCAUUACUGCCAAAACACUGACUGUGGUCCAUAUUUCUAACAGGUUUUUAACAUGACAUAGUUAGCAAGUUUGAGUGAAGAGAUUUUUAGGUCCAGUACCUUUAAGACUGUAGUAAAUCUUUUUCAUGUUUCUAAUGCUUGAGGCUUUAUUGCUUAACUUGACAAAAACAGUGUUGCUGCCAUUUGUAAGUUUUCCUAUAAUAUUCCUUUUAGUAACUUUAAAUACUUGCCUUACUGGGUUCACAUAGGCAGUAUCCCUUUUAAGUGACCUUUGCAACCCAAGUGUUACUUGCCGUGUUUAACAGUUUUCAUUAGCUUUUAAAGGACAUUGAAAUUCUUUAUUCUCUUACAUUGAAGCUCACAAAGAUUAAUUAUUAUUAUGUCUUAAUUUGAAAACACUACAUUUAAUUUCACCAGUUGUGCAAAUACAAAUGCUAACCCUGCUGGUAAAUAAGAACUCCAGUAAUGUGGGCAAACCACUGCAAAAACAUCUGUGAAGUUUUUUAGAAUGUCUACUGAAAACGAAAUGUGAGUAAACUCCUUUGGAGUAUAAAGUUUAUCCUAAGCCUUCAUGAGACAUCCAGACCUUUAGCAAAGGCCAUAUUUAUAUUUUGUUUCUUUUUUGAUACCACAGUGUUAAUAUUGUUAAUACUCAAUGUACACUAUUGUAAAAAACAAACAAACAAAAAAACCUAUGAAAAAGUGUCUCAAAACAAUUCCAGAGUUUCAAAAUUUGGCUUCAUCCUCUUACCAGCAUUUCUGGGUUUGGUUUUUCUUAAAGGGUUAUCUUGAAGAAAUAAUUUCACUGAGGCUAAAGGGAUACUGUCUUGUUCAGAUGCCAUGAAUUUGCGAUUGUGAUCUGACAAAGCUGUCUUCUCUUCUUGUGUUGUAUGGAAUGUCUGGAUCAUGCUAACUGAAAUAUUUUUAUUAAGAUGCUUACUGUGCGUUCCUGCAGAAAAAGGCCCCUGACUGCUCUGAUUGAGCAAACCGGCCUUUUUUUUCCCUUUUAUUGUGUUCUCUUGACACUUUUGUGGAACAUGACAAGCCUGGAAGAAAUAAAAUAAAAUUUUGUAAAAAUUUGUACAAUAAUGUUAUAAAAAGUUUAUAAUCCUAAAAAAUGUUGUGUUAAUUCUUGUGCAAAAACAGUAUAUUCAGAAUAAAAGUUUAUCAUUUAA